UUUCUCCCUUUGUAUCUCUCACUAGAUGAUGCCUCCUAAUGAGCAAGAAUCUAGCUUUCCGAAAACACCGGGUGCUAACCAAAGCGUAACAAGCCCGGUUCAAGAAACCCGCUUUAGCUCUCCAAGUCAUGUAACCCCAUGCCCCGACGGUCUGAGUCACCAAUCAAGGCAAUCUUUCGUUCUACGCCAAUCUUUACGUCCUAUAAUCCUCAAGUUUGAGGAGCUGACGUACAGUAUUACAUCACAAACCGGGAAAAGAAGCUACUGGUUUGGUUCACAAGAACCAAAACCGAACCGGUUCGUUCUCAACGGUGUAAGCGGGAUAGUCAAGCCAGGUGAGCUACUAGCUAUGCUUGGUCCAUCAGGUAGUGGCAAAACAACGCUAGUAACGGCGUUAGCCGGACGUUUACACGGUAAGCUCUCAGGAACGGUUAGUUAUAACGAAGAACCGUUUUCAAGCGCCGUGAAACGUAAAACGGGAUUCGUUACGCAAGAAGACGUUAUCUACCCACACUUAACGGUAUUGGAGACGUUAACGUACACAGCUUUGCUCCGUUUACCCAAAGAACUGACCCGCAAAGAGAAAAUCGAGCAGGCGGAGACUGUUGUUUCGGAUCUCGGGUUGACACGGUGUUGUAACAGCGUGAUCGGAGGCGGGUUGGUCCGAGGGAUAUCGGGUGGGGAGAGAAAACGGGUUAGUAUCGGACAAGAAAUGCUCGUGAACCCGAGUUUGUUGCUUCUUGAUGAGCCUACGUCGGGGCUUGAUUCCACGACGGCGGCGCGUAUAGUCUCCACGUUGAGGACGUUGGCGCGUGGUGGUCGGACGGUGGUGACGACGAUUCAUCAGCCGUCGAGUAGGCUUUAUAGGAUGUUCGAUAAAGUGUUGGUUUUGUCUGAAGGAAGUCCGAUUUAUAGUGGAGAUUCGGGUCGGGUCAUGGAGUAUUUUGGUUCGAUUGGGUUUCAACCGGGAUCCAAUUUCGUUAACCCGGCCGACUUCGUGCUUGAUCUUGCUAACGGAAUUACUUCGGAUACAAAGCAAUAUGACCAAGUCGACAUAAAUGGGAGAUUAGAUCGGCUUGAAGAACAAAACUCAGUAAAACAGUCGUUAAAAUCGUCUUACAAAAAACACUUAUAUCCACCUUUGAAAGAAGAAGUUUCUAGAACAUAUCCACAAGAUCAAACGGUCAAUGGAUCGAGAGCAAAGUCUUUGACAAAUCGAUGGCCAACAAGUUGGUGGAUGCAGUUCUCAGUUUUACUGAAGCGAGGUUUAAAGGAGAGAAGUCAUGAAUCAUUUUCAGGACUUAGAAUAUUUAUGGUCAUGUCGGUUUCUAUACUUUCUGGCCUCUUAUGGUGGCAUUCUCGCGUUGCUCAUAUACAAGAUCAGGUGGGUCUACUGUUCUUCUUCUCGAUAUUCUGGGGAUUCUUUCCUCUCUUCAACGCCAUAUUUACAUUCCCUCAAGAACGGCCAAUGCUCAUAAAAGAGCGAUCCUCAGGAAUCUACAGACUCUCCUCCUACUACAUAGCAAGAAUAGUUGGGGAUUUACCAAUGGAACUCAUUCUUCCAACGAUCUUUGUCACGAUCACAUAUUGGAUGGGAGGUCUCAAGCCAUCUUUAACCACAUUCCUCUUGACCCUUAUGAUCGUUCUCUACAAUGUUCUAGUGGCUCAAGGCGUAGGGUUAGCCUUAGGAGCAAUCUUGAUGGAUGCGAAAAAAGCAGCAACAUUAUCUUCGGUGUUAAUGCUAGUGUUCUUACUAGCCGGAGGUUACUAUAUCCAGCAUAUACCGGGGUUCAUUGCGUGGUUGAAGUAUAUAUCUUUUAGCCAUUAUUGCUAUAAGCUUCUUGUUGAAGUUCAAUACACAUGGGAUGAGGUUUAUGAAUGUGGACCAGGGUUGCAUUGUAGCGUUAUGGAUUAUGAAGGGAUUAAGAAUUUGAGGAUAGGGAAUAUGAUGUGGGAUGUUUUGGCUCUUGCCCUUAUGUUAUUUCUUUAUAGAGUUCUUGCUUACCUAGCUCUAAGGAACUUGUGACUGCUUCUAAUUUGUAUUUUUUUAACUAUGUAUAAGCCAAGU